AAAUAGUGAUGUUAUCUAGAGUUUCAUAGCAUUAGCAAGCCAGUGACAAAAUGUCGUCUGCCGAAGUAGCACCCCGACCAUUGCAGGUGUCCCCUUUAAUUAAAUUUUCCCGAUGGACUCUUCUGUUAACUGGGAUAGUUUACGGUGCUUACCAUCAAAGAAGACUCAGUAAAAGAGAAAAUGCCCGCCGUGAACAAGAACUUAAGGAAAAACCCCUUAAAGAUGCAAAAUUAGCAGCAGAGAAAAAGAAGCUGGCUGAAGCUGAAAUACAAAUGCUGAAUGAGUUGUUCACACCAUCAAAAUAAAAAAUAUCACUUAUAGUAGUAUACAUAAGUAUUUCUGUUAAGUUAAUAUUAAAUUAUCCUUUAAAAAAUGUCCAUUAUGUCAAUUUCUGUUCAGGUUUACAAUAGAUAUAAACUUCUUAUUGUGCAUAUUAAAUAAAAUGAUUUAUAAUAUACUAAA